GGAAGUGAGCAACACCCACCUUGCCGUCUUCUACUCUACAUCAAACUGUGUCUGCUCUGAAUCUGUGUGGAAUUUCUUGGUGAACACCUAUCCCCAUUGCCGGAAAAUUCGGGAUGGGAGAUAAGCUUGAUGCGCAAAAGGGUCAGAAACCGGGCAGCAGCACCGCCGGGGUGCCCAAAAUCGAGCCAUUCGUGCCAAGAAAAGGCUACGAUCCAAGAGAGUUGAAAUCAUGGGCCAAGAAAACCGGAUUUGUGUCCCAUGUUUCCGGGGAGACCGACCCGGCAAGUCUGAGCGGGAGGGAUUUGGGCUCCAGUAUUAAUGCACGGGUCGGACUCGAGAGGGGCUUUGACAAGCUUGAUUUUGCGUCUCCAAAGAUCGAGCUUGACCCCAUUUUGGGGAGGACUAAGAGGAGUAGAGGGGUUGAGAUUCUUCCUGCCGGUUGGGUAAACGUUAACGAGCAAAGAAAUGAGACUUUGGGGGGUGAGAGUGAAGGGAAUAGGGUUGAGCUAGUGGAGGAAUCGAGGGUUGAAGAUGAAGAGAGCAACGAUGGUCUGAAUGGGAUGACCCCAAUUCGUAACUCCAGUGAAGUGCAGCCCACUGCUUCAAGUUUGGGUCCGAAGAAAGAUGAUAAGAAUGUGGAUCAUGAAAUGGGGAUUAGAGUGUUCCCUGACUGGGAGGAUCAUACAGCUUAUGACAUGCCGCAACAGUCUCCGAGAAUUAAGUGUGGACUAAGAGACAAUCAUUCACCACUUAUCUACUAUGGUUUGCAGCACUUCUUGUCAUUGGUCGGAUCACUUAUUUUCAUCCCUUUGAUCAUUGUGCCUGCAAUGGGUGGAACUGACAAAGACACUGCUACUGUGAUUUCCACAACGUUGUUAGUGUCUGGCCUUGCUACAGUAUUGCACUCAUACUUAGGUACACACCUGCCACUAGUUCAAGGAAGUUCAUUUGUGUAUCUGGCACCUGCUUUGGUGAUCAUGAAUUCUGAGGAGUACCGAAACCUUUCUGAAAAUAAAUUUAGGCACAUAAUGAGGGAGUUACAAGGUGCUAUUAUAGUGGGUUCAGUAUUCCAGAGUAUCUUAGGCUUCACUGGUUUGAUGUCUCUUUUUGUAAGGUUGAUAAAUCCCAUCGUGGUUGCUCCUACAAUUGCAGCAGUGGGCUUAGCUUUUUUCAGCUAUGGCUUUCCACAAGCUGGUAGCUGUAUAGAAAUAAGCUCUCCCCUGAUACUACUUGGUCUUGCCUUUACGCUGUACCUUCGAGGAAUAUCUAUUUUUGGGCAUAGAGUGUUUCGGAUCUAUGCUGUUCCAUUAAGUGUUGUGAUUACAUGGGCAUUUGCGUUCUUCUUGACAGCUGGGGGAGCAUAUAAUUAUAAGGACUGCAGCUCUGACAUACCAAGUUCGAAUAUCCUUAUCGAUGCAUGUAGAAAGCAUGUGUAUACAAUGAGACAUUGUCGGACUGAUGUUUCUAAUGCAAUGAAAACUGCUGAAUGGUUCAGAAUCCCUUAUCCUCUGCAGUGGGGUAUGCCUAUCUUCCGGCUUAGGACAUCUCUUGUUAUGAUAAUUGUGUCACUAGUUGCUACUGUUGAUUCGGUUGGUACUUAUCAUUCUGCAUCCAUGAGAAUCAACCUGAAACCUCCAACUCCCGGCAUUGUGAGCAGAGGAAUUGGUUUAGAAGGGUUUUGCAGUGUACUGGCUGGGCUUUGGGGAACAGGCACUGGAGCAACAACAUUGAUAGAGAAUGUGCACACAAUUGAUGUCACCAUGGUAGCAAAUCAGAGGGCCUUAGAACUUGGUUCAGUUUUCUUGAUUGUUUUCUCCGUUCUAGGUAAAGCGUGUGCCAUCCUUGCUUCUAUACCACAAGCAUUGGCUGCUGCUGUGUUGUGCUUCAUAUGGGCACUAGUUUUGGCUUUGGGUUUAUCAACUUUACGAUAUACCCAAACAACAAGUUCCCGAAACGUUAUGAUUGUUGGAGUUUCAGUGCUCCUUGGUUUCUCCAUCCCAGCUUAUGUUCAGCAGUAUCAGCCUGUCUCCAGCUUAAUUUUGCCCCCUUAUCUUCUUCCUUAUGCUGCUGCUUCAAGUGGACCAAUCCAUUCUGGGAGUACACAAAUUGAUUUCGCGCUAAAUGCACUGAUGUCCUUGAACAUGGUGGUUACACUGUUGGUUGCUUUCAUCCUAGACAACAGUCCCCGGAACCAGACAACAGCGAGGAAAAGGCAUGAAUUUAUCUUGCAUCACCCAGCAUUGUGGAACGAGAUAUUUGUUGAGAAGAUGGUGCUAAGUCUGGAUAUAAACAAUUCAAUUGUUCCAGUGCCUAACCAAUUCAAGAUUUCAUUUUCUUGGAAAAAAGAUUUUGAGAAAUUAGUUAUCAACAACCCUGCACUCACUAAAAAUGUUUUUUAUGUAGCCAUAUGAAAAAUUUGGACUAACACUAGUCCUGGCUUGAAAUGUAUUGAUGAUAUUGGAGGUUUUUCACACUUAAUGAAGAAUAUUUUUACUCAUCUUUAUGGUGAAUUAACUGGAAAAUUAAAACUUUUGGCUAAUU